AUGGCCUCUUCAGUCAGCUUGUUACCACCCCUCAUGAAAGGUGCUCGUCCCACGACAGAGGAGGUUCGCCAGGAUCUGCCUCGACCAUACAAAUGUCCGCUUUGCGACCGUGCCUUCCACCGCCUGGAGCACCAGACGAGGCAUAUCCGGACACACACGGGCGAGAAGCCCCAUGCCUGCCAGUUCCCCGGUUGCACGAAGCGUUUCAGUCGGUCCGACGAACUCACCCGCCACUCGCGCAUUCACAACAACCCCAACUCGCGCCGCAGUAACAAAGCUCAGCAUUUGGCAGCAGCAGCCGCGGCUGCUGCUGGACAGGACGGUAGCAUGGUCAAUGCCGCCAACAUGAUGCCUCCUCCUAGCAAGCCCAUCACUCGCUCCGCUCCUGUCUCCCAGGUUGGAUCUCCGGACGUUUCGCCCCCUCACUCCUUCUCCAACUACGCCAACCACAUGCGCUCGAAUCUCGGACCCUACUCGCGUACCACCGAGCGCGCCUCCUCCGGAAUGGACAUCAAUCUUCUGGCUACAGCUGCGUCGCAAGUUGAGCGUGAUGACCACCUGGGCUUCCACGGCUCUCGCGGACACCAAAUGUUCGGUUCCCGCCAUCAUGCCACUAACCGUGGCCUCCCUUCUCUCUCUGCGUACGCGAUUUCGCAAAGCAUGACCCGUUCGCACUCCAACGAUGAGGAUGAUGGAUAUGGCCACCGUGUCAAGCGUUCCCGUCCCAAUUCACCCAAUUCCACUGCUCCUUCUUCUCCUACUUUCUCUCACGACUCUUUGUCCCCCACCCCGGACCACACUCCCUUGGCUACUCCUGCACACUCACCGCGACUGCGCCCGCUCGGCGCCAGCGAGUUGCAUCUGCCUUCAAUUCGCCACCUGUCCCUCCAGCACACUCCUGCGCUGGCGCCAAUGGAGCCGCAACCCGAGGGCCCUAACUACUACAGUCCGAACCAGGGCCACAUGGGCCCGACCAUUUCCGAUAUAAUGUCGAAACCUGACGGCACCCAGCGCAAGCUGCCGGUGCCGCAGAUUCCCAAGGUUGCGGUGCAGGACAUGCUCAACCCUGCGGCUGGAUUCUCCUCCAUGAACUCGUCCGCCAACAAUUCCGUUGCGGGCGGGGACUUGGCAGACAGGUUCUAA